UGCUCUAUCAGUGAUGGUCGAAUAUUGUCAUUAUUGAACGAUUUUAUUCGUUAUAAUUGUUGUAUGAUAUUUAAAUUUCUAUUUCUCUUAUAAUGGAUUUAAGAUCUCCUGUUCAUCACUCAGAUAAUGAGUCUAUUUCAGAUGUAUUGGAAUUGGAUACAGACUAUGAUUUUGACAAGAUUGAAGAAGAGCCAACUAAUACAACUGUUAAUCAUAAAAUGGGGUCGAUUUGGAGAGAUAUUGUUGUUGGAGAACAGAUGGAGGGAUGCCUAACCCGUCUUGAAGUAACCACUAAGGCAGCUGCUUAUACUGAUAUGGAUGAUCCAAACUAUGAGCAUAAGAACAGUGGCCCAAAACGAAAACGAGAUUUUUUAUCAACUAAGUCAAAUAAAAAGACUGAAAAUAUACUAGAAAGCGGAGAAUAUGAUUUGGAGUCUGAUCAUGUUGUAAAAAAAAGAUAUUCACAUGGUAAUGGAGAUUUUAAGAAAUGCAAUUAUAAAUAUGGAAAUACAAAAGGAUUUGUGGAAAAAAGAACUUAUAAUGACAAUACAUCUAGGUGUAGAAUAUUGCCUGAUAUUUGUGAUCCUGAAGAAAAGACUAAUGAUCAGUUUUUAGAUGAAUUGUGCACAAAUCUUCAUGAGCACAACAAGAUUUUAAUGUUAUCUGUGUUAUCCAAAAUUGAUAGGAAAAUCAUUCUUGAAAAAUAUAAGAAAACCUGUUUAAUAGAAGCUAAUGGUGGCCAAAUGAUAAAGAAUGGUAAUCGUAGACGAACAUCUGGAGGAAUAUUUUUUAAUUUAAUUAAAGAAGAUAAGUCAAUUCCAAAUUCAGCAAAAAAAGAUUUAUUUAGCUGCCCUCAAAAUGAAGAGAUAAAAAAGAAGAAAAAGCGCGAGAAAAUGAAACGUAAAAAAGAAAAAUUAAGAAAAUUACUUGCCAAAGAUUUAACUAAGAAAGAAGCAGAUGUUUUGAAAACACUGAAUGAAGAAUUAGAAACAUUACCAUCAAAUUGUACAAUAGAAAAUGAGGAAUUAUCUGAUUAAUUAGUUUUAAAUAUAUUUGUCAUAGUGAAAAACAACUUAGUUUUUUUUUUAUGGGCAUAAUAUGUAAACUAUCAAUUUUUUUCAAAAAUUAAAUUGUAAAAAAAUGUA